AUGGUGCAGUGCUGUGUCCCGCUGUGUAAAAACAGAAAUGACGUUGACAAAGGAUUUCCUUUUUACCGCUUUCCUGUCGACGACAAAGUGAGCAAAAAGUGGCUGGAGUUGAUACGACGUGACAAAUUCACUCCUACUACCAAUACAAGGAUCUGCGGGUGGCAUUUCCCAAAUGGAAAGGAAGCAGGACCAACACGAUUUGCCUGGAACGAGGGGAAGGCUUUUCAGUCCAUUGGUCAGCCAGCCAAACAACUUAGGACAGCACUCCCUGUCACUGAGGAAGACGAGGCAGAGGCAGGUCCAUGCCACCUUGAAGUUCAUCAUGUUCGUACAACUGAAUUGUUGCAAAUUGAUAAUGUAAAGCUCAAAGAAGACAAUUUAAGAUUGCACACACAAUUAGAGAAUCAAAAGCAAACCUUUUCAUUCGACCAAAUAUCCUCCAUGCCCCGCAAAGUCUUUUAUUACACAGGCUUGCCUGAUGCUGCGACAGUUUUCUUUCUAGAUGCCCAUCUUUCCAAAUUUCCCCUCAAGUAUAAUUAUGAUUGGACUGUCCAAAUUAUGCCACUAAUUGAUCAAUUGCUGUUAACUCUGAUGAAGCUCCGGCUGAAUUGUGGGAUCGAAGACCUCUCCACCAGAUUUAAUUGCAGUCGAACCACAGUCACCAAUAUUUUCUUGACCAUCUCCAGUGCCCUACAUGACAUCUUGUAUGUAGGAAUGAUGGAAGGCAACAUCCCUUCCCGUUUCAAAAAUCAAACCUCCCUGCCAGAGUGCUUCCUCCCAUUCCCCAACUGCCGUAUUGUGCUUGACUGCACUGAAGUGGCUAUCUGCAACAACGAAAGCCUCGAUAACCUAAGUAAGCUGUACAGCCAUUACAAAGGAUGCACCACACUUAAGGCUCUCGUCGGUGUGGCCCCCAAUGGCGUUAUGACAUUUGUCAGUGACCUGUAUGGUGGGAGCAUAUCGGACAAAGCCAUAACAGCUGACAGCGGAGUGCUAGAACAACUUGUGCCAGGGGACAUGGUGAUUGCUGACAAGGGGUUCACCAUCCGCAACAUUUUACCCGAAGGUGUUUCCCUCAACAUCCCCACAUUCCUAGUUGAUGGACAGUUCACACUACAGCAAGUUCACCACAAUAGACUGAUUGCCAGGGUCAGAGUCCAUGUGGAACGUUCUAUUCAGCGCCUGAAAACAUUCCGCAUUUUGAAAGAAAUCCCACAUCAGUACCAGAAGCAUGCCAACAAGAUCUUGAAAGCAUGUGUGUGCUUGAUGAACUUACAGACACCCAUUCUGAGGGAAGUAUAUACAAUUGAUCAUACCAGUUAUCAUUAAAUAAUAUUGUAUGUAAAUGAAUGUUAUAGUAUGUCUUCAUUUUUGUUUACGUCUUCUGCAUUAUAUUCACACAAUAAUAUUGUUUAAUGUAGAAUGAAUAUUCAAAGAAAUGAUAAAGGUAAUGUGCCA